AUCUGUCCAGCAGCACAGAGCAGUCAGAAACACCGCAGCAGACCACCGACUUCUCGCCACAACACACACCACACACUCACACACGCUCAAACACACAUACAACUAGAGGAAGAAAGAGACAGAGGCGUAACCAGGAGAAGCAUCGUGAAGGAAAAGGAAAGCCACUCUUUUGUCUCCAUGGACACUCAACUUCCUCCGAGCACUUCAUAGUCCUUGUAGCGCAGCAUCGGGCUCUUGCCAUCCGCUUAAUAAUUCAUCAGGUCUGUCUCUGAGCUUUGAGCCUGCAGCGCUCACCAACUUUUCCUUCUCUAACUUUCGUACAGCAGCAGUCGGCUGUUUCAGCAACUCUCCUUUUAUACUUCAAACAGUUGGCGCAGAGGAAAACAGGUUCAGGCACUUUGUGAGCGUCUUGUGUGUGUGUUUGAGAGGGUGUGGGGAGAGUGGGCAAAAGUUGUGUGUCUGUGUGUGUUUGUGUUUGUGUUUGUGUGUGUGUGUGUGUGUGUGUGUGUGUGUGUGUGUGUGUGUGUGUGUGUGUGUGUGUGUGUGUGUGUGUUAUCUGGACGGAGGGCAUCCUCUUUAUUUUCAUCUCAUUCUUGGACUUGGUACCCAUUUGUUAAACUGCAGCUCUUGUGGGACUAAACGUGCAAGACUGUGACGUGAGAAGCACUCUGGAGUCCACAGAGAGGCUCAUAUGGGACGUACGCCUCAUCUGUGAGCUCUUCUGGUGAAAGCAGCUCUGUGCUGUCUUAAAGCUGUUGUAGGGGCUGUCUGUGCACCCUCGGAUUCUCCCUUAUCAUGGCUGGCUGUACCAGUCGCUGCAGACAGGGGGUGCUAAAGCUCAUUCAAUCCCUUCGGAGGCUUGUCUCGGGAACCCUCAGUAAAGAUAAGAUAGAUGAUGAAUUAGAGAUGACAAUGGUCUGCCAUCGGCCGGAGGGUCUCGAGCAGCUCGAGGCGCAGACGAACUUCACCAAGCAAGAGCUACAAGUUCUUUACAGAGGCUUCAAAAAUGAGUGUCCAAGUGGAGUGGUGAAUGAAGAGACAUUUAAGCACAUUUACGCACAGUUUUUUCCACAUGGAGAUGCCAGCACGUAUGCACAUUAUCUCUUCAAUGCGUUUGACACCGGAAAUAAUGGAUCCAUAAAGUUUGAGGACUUUGUGAUGGGACUAUCUACUCUACUGCGGGGGACAGUCAGAGAUAAACUAGAAUGGACAUUUCAUCUCUACGACAUCAACAAAGAUGGAUUUAUCAAUAAGGAGGAAAUGACAGAGAUAGUGAGGGCCAUUUAUGACAUGAUGGGGAAGUACACAUAUCCAGCUUUAAAAGGGGAUGUACCAAAGCAGCAUGUGGAUACCUUCUUUGAGAAAAUGGACAAAAACAAAGAUGGAGUUGUAACAUUGGAGGAGUUCGUCCUUGCCUGUCAGGAGGAUGAAAAUAUGAUGAAAUCCAUGCAGCUCUUUGAAAAUGUGAUGUAGAGAAGAUCAACAAGAAGAAGAAAAUAACAAAACAGAGAGUGGGGAAAAGAAAGCAAGAGGGAUUUUAUGUUUAAAUAUAUAUAUAUAUUUGCCUUCACUGGACUGAGUUCUGGAGGGAUAUAAUGGCCUAAGAGGGAUGAGAAUCUGUAGGCUUUAUUUUUCUCUCUCUAUUCAAACAUUGUAACAUAUUUAAUGUUGUCUCUUGCUGGUGUUUUGGGAAACUAUCAGCCCAGAAUCCACCUUGAUCCAGCCACAGAAGACUGCAUAUGUUUGAAAGGCAUUGUGCAAUGCCUGACUAGUGGGUGGCGACGAUCAACACCCUUCUUCCCCGUGAAAAGGAACACCAGUCUCAAACUUUGUCCGUUUGCUUGACCCUAGAGCUCAGGACUCUUGGUGUACUGGAACUGCAUCCAGGAGGAAAUGCAGCCUCCUUUGCUUGCUUUCUUGCCAAAAGAGCUUGCAUGAAAAAGAAAAAAAAAACCCCGGCAGAUAUGUUCCCUAUGAGUUGCUUGAAAAAUAUCUUGGCCUUCAAAAAUAGUUUUAUGAUUUAUCUAUGAGAUGGGGUUUGAGGGAUACUUAAUUGGAUGUUGAUUUUGUGUCUUGUGUUGUCAGCGUUGUUUGUUAGUAAUUGCUGUUUCCAGUCUGCCCGCUUAUGUUUAUCUGUCUCAGUACUUGCCAAGCCAUUUUUGCCCACCAGAUCAUAGUGAAUAAGGUGGGGCAGAAGUUAAAAAUGUUUGUGUCUAUGUGGGAGUAUGAGGAGAUUAAGAGAUUACAAAAUCACGACUGACAAUCUAGUCCCUGGAUACCCUGAUACCUUUGCAUACCUUCAUGAAGGACAAAACAGUAUUUCUAAGGGAACAAAAACCCAGAUAAAUUACAUAAAAUAAAAGUGGAAAAAUAUUUAUAUAGAAGUCAAGUGGUCAGGUUGAGUCAUAAGAAAUAUAAGCUAUGUAUAUAAUUGCAAGUGUGGUGCCACAUGAAGAAAUGUCCAGUGAGGCAAAUACAAACUGUGAAACCGAAAUAUCAGAAAUAUGCUGUGCAAUUCAAAUCUCAGUCAAAACUUAUUAAAACGUUUGUGGAAUAACAUUCAUCUGUGUUUUAUUAUUUCAUUGUUUAUCAUUUUAUUCUUUUUUUGUUUGUUUGUUUUUACUGAAAUGCUGGGUUCAGU